UCUCUGCUCCAACAGGAAGCGUCCUCCUCUCUCUCUCUCAAAAAAAAAAGGAAGCGUCCCGCCGCCGCCUCGGGGGAUUCGCCGGCCAGCGGCGAGAGCGAAGCGAGGCAGCGGCGCCAUGGCGCGCCCCUCGCGGCUCUACCUCCUCGCCUACAACUCCCUCCAGGCCAUCGGAUGGUCCGUCGCCUUUCUCCGCCUCCUGGCCUGCCUAGCCCCUCCCGUCUCCGUCGACUCCGCAUACGCCGCCGCCGGCGACCUCAUAUGCCUUCUGCAAACCUGCGCGGUCCUUGAGACCAUCCAUGCCGCCGUCGGAUUGGUGCCCACCUCGCCGUUUCUUGCCUUCUUGCAAUGGGGAGGGAGGACUCACUUCGUUCUUGCCCUUCUCCGGCAAAUCCCUGAGGUUCAGGACAGCCCAUCUGUGUUCAUAACGUUUAUGGCUUGGAGCAUAUCUGAGGUUAUUCGAUACUCUCACUAUGCUCUGAGUACCAUAAAAGUUUGUCCAGCAUGGCUGACUUACCUCAGGUACACUGCUUUUAUCCCGUUGUAUCCUAUCGGGGUAGGACCAGGGGAAAUGUGGACUAUGUACCAAGCUCUUCCAUUUGUAAAGGAGAGGGACCUCUACUCAGGCUUCUUUGCAAAGUUCUCCAUGAGCUACCAUUCAUUUCUUGUGGGUGUGCUGCUGUGCUAUCCGCUUCUAUGGCUGAAGCUGUACCUGCAUGUGUUCAAGCAGCGCAAGUCCAAGCUGGGAAAGGCGGACAGGAAGAAACGGGCAUGAGGCAACCAGAUUGUUGGGAGGGUCUUGCAGCUGUGGAGUCUUAGCUGAGUUGAGAGGCAACUUACUAUACUACUAGCAGAUUACUGAUCUCUAUCGGAUUUACUGAAUUUGAAUGAAGAUGCCAAAUUUGUUGUAACAUAUGCAUUUUACAAAAAUUGAGCAAAGUAUGCCAAAUUUGUAAAUGUAUGGGGAAAAAAACUUGACCAUUUUUAUACCUAAAAAGCAAAAUCAAACAACUUCUUUGUUCUUCCA